AUGCCCAGCGCAUCAGCGUCCGGGGCGGACGCCUCCAACGGCGGCGAAAAGGCGCGCCACCGCGAACACAACCAGGGCAACCAGGAGCGCAAACACACACCUGAGCAGGCAGCCGCCGUCUUGCGCAUCCGCCGCUGCCAGGCCACGGCCUUUUACGAGAUCCUCGACAUCCAAAAGACUGUCACCGACGGCGAGGUGAAGAAGGCCUACCGCAAGCAGAGUCUGCUCACCCACCCGGACAAAAACGGCCACCCAAACGCCGACGAGGCCUUCAAGAUGGUCUCGCGCGCGUUCAGCGUGCUUGGCGACAAGGACAAGCGGGCCAAGUACGACCGGUUCGGCACGGACCCAGACUCGCGGUUUGGCGGCAUGGGUGGCGGUGGUGGUGGCGGCGGCGGUGGUGCGGGCAUGCAGAAUCCGUUUGCGCGGGCUGGUGGUAUGGGCGGCGGCAUGGGCGGCAUGGGUGGCGGCUGGGACGAGGAAAUCAGCCCCGAGGAGAUGUUCCGGCGGUUCUUUGGCGGCGGUGGCGGGUUCGGCGGCCCAUUCGGAGGUUUCGACACCGGCCCGCAGUUUGUCUUCAACAUGGGCGGCGGCCCCGGCUUCCGCGUGCACCAGUUCGGCGGCGCACGGCCACGGACGCGGCCGCGGCAAGCCAACGGCCAGGCCGGCCAGGCCGGCCAGACGCAAGAACAGGACACUAACCUCUUCUCGACCCUCAUGGGCAUGCUGCCGAUCCUGAUUCUCUUCAUCCUGCCGCUGCUGUCGUCGAUUUUCACGGGCGACGGCACUGGCUCGCAGCCGACCAUGCCACAAAUGGUCUUUGACGCGCCCGAGCCGCCAUGGACGCUGGGCCGUCGCACCAAGAGCAACGUCAAAUACUUUGUCGACCCCAAGGACAAGGCGUUCGCGCCCUACAAAGACAAUGCGCAGAAGUUGACGCAGCUCGACAACUACGCCGAUGUGACGCUGGUACGCACCCUGCGGCAACAGUGCGAGAACGAGAUGCGGCAGCGGCAGCGGCUGGUCGACGAGGCACAGGGCUGGCUGUUCCAGGACGCCGACAAGAUGCAGAUUGCCAAUUCCUACGAGAUGAAGUCGUGCCGGCGGCUGGAGAAGAUGAAUUAUGUGGUGCGGUAG